CUUUCUCCCCAGGUGGGAGCGUCGAAAGCAUCCCAAACGUCCAAGCUUUCUCAACCUAGCCUAGUUGCGGCGAUUGGGCAAGAAGGGAAACGUCGGUUAGAGAAGCGGGAGAGGGACAGCCACCCCCAGCAGUGUUGCCAACCGCCCUGCUUGCAAGCGGAUUGGAUCCGACAGCCGUACACGCCCGCCUUCCCUGGCCGACCAUUGGCUGUCAGGGCGGCGGCCGGUGAGAGGGUCCCAAAUAUUGGUAAAGGAGGGGGAGAAAGCGAGGCUGUUCAACGGCAAGCAGGGAGCAGUCCUACAUGGAAAGUGUUGUCACAUUUCUGCAAGACGUCGUACCACAGGCUUAUAGCAGUACAGCUCCAACAGAAGAAAAAGAGAAAAUAGUUUGGAUCAGAUUUGAAAAUUCUGACUUGAACGAUACGUUAAGGAAUGUGGAGCUGCAUGAGAUGCACAGCACGGGGAACGAGCCCCCUCUUCUGCUCAUGAUUGGCUACAGUGACGGGAUACAGAUAUGGAGCAUACCUAUUAGUGGAGAAGCUCAAGAACUUUACUCUAUCCGACACGGUCCUGUCCGAGCAGCCCGGGUUCUGCCAUCCCCACAGAUCUAUCGCGAGAAGAGUGAUAACUUUGCUGAGAAGAGACCUCUCCUUGCUGUGUGCAAAAGCAUCGGAUCUUCUGGGUAAGAUGAU